GUAUUACCCGUGCCUGCUGCCGGUUGUUUCAGAGCCCUGUGAGAAUGCUGUGCUGCACAGGUUUAACUGGAGCGAGCUGGUCCCGCUGCGGUUAUGGGGGAGGACCCUUGGCUUGCAGACAGAGCACUCUCAGUUCCUCCUGGAGGGCAUGCCAUUCCGCAUCUUCGGAGGCUCCAUGCACUACUUCCGAGUCCCCAGGGAAUACUGGGAAGAUCGAAUGCUUAAAAUGAAAGCCUGUGGCUUGAACACCCUCACGACGUACGUGCCCUGGAACCUCCAUGAAGCAGACAGAGGGAAGUUUGACUUCAGGCGGAACCUGGAUCUCAGGGCCUUCCUUUCACUGGCAGCUAAGAAUGGACUGUGGGUGAUUCUGCGUCCUGGCCCUUACAUCUGCUCUGAAUGGGACCUCGGGGGUCUGCCCAGCUGGCUACUGCAGGACCCGGAGAUGCAGCUGAGGACAACGUACAAGGGCUUCACAGAAGCUGUGGAUGCUUAUUUUGAUCAUCUGAUGCCUAUUGUUGUCCCUCUUCAGUACAAGAACGGAGGUCCCAUCAUUGCAGUGCAAGUGGAGAACGAGUACGGUUCCUAUGCCAAAGACCCAAACUACAUGGCCUAUGUUAAAAUGGCCCUGCUAAACAGAGGGAUUGUGGAAAUGUUAAUGACCUCAGACAACAAGAACGGGCUGUCCUAUGGCUUAGUGGCAGGAGCACUGGCCACUGUUAACUUCCAGAAGCUGGAACCUGGGCUGCUGAAACAUCUGGACUCAGUGCAGAGAGAUCAGCCCAAGAUGGUGAUGGAGUAUUGGACUGGAUGGUUUGAUAACUGGGGGGGCCCUCACUAUGUCUUCGAUGCAGACGAAAUGGUGAACACUGUAGCCAGCAUCCUCAAACUGGGAGCAUCCAUCAAUCUCUACAUGUUCCACGGAGGCACCAACUUUGGCUUCAUGAACGGUGCUUUGGAGGCUGACGAAUACAAGUCAGAUGUCACCAGUUACGAUUAUGAUGCUGUGCUGACAGAGGCUGGAGAUUAUACAUCCAAAUUCUUCAAGCUCCGACAGCUCUUCAGCAUGAUCAUUGGCCAGCCUCUUCCUCUCCCUCCUGUGAUUGAAAGCAAGGCAUCCUAUGGUGCAAUCCUGUUGCAUCAGUACAUCUCUCUCUGGGAUGUGAUACCAUCUCUUCUACAGCCCAUAAAGUCAGAGUUUCCCAUUAACAUGGAGAAUCUGCAUCUGAAUGAUAGCAGUGGGCAGUCGUAUGGGUACGUGCUCUAUGAGACUGUCAUAUUUGGUGGUGGCCAUCUCCAUUCAAGGAACCACGUCCGUGACCGAGCACAGGUGUUUGUUAACACCAUGUAUGUUGGUGAGCUGGACUACAACAUAGUGGAGCUCUCCAUUCCUGAAGGACAGGGAUUCAGGCAGUUAAGACUCUUGGUAGAGAACCGUGGUCGUGUCAAUUAUGGCCUGGCACUGAACGAGCAGAGAAAAGGCUUAAUUGGUGAUGUCUUCUUGAAUAAUACCCCCUUGAGGAACUUCAAGAUUUACAGCUUGGAGAUGAAACCUGCCUUCAUGAAAAGCUUGCAGCACGUCGCUGGCUGGAGCGCGGUCCCAGAUUACUUUGUUGGUCCAGCUUUCUUCCGUGGAAGGUUGUGGAUAGAGCAUCAGCCACAGGACACUUUCCUGAAGCUACAGGGCUGGGAAAAAGGAGUUGUGUUUGUCAACGGGCAGAACCUGGGCCGCUACUGGAAGAUUGGACCUCAGGAAACACUCUACCUGCCUGGCCCCUGGUUACGGAAAGGGAGCAAUGAGAUUGUCAUUUUUGAGGAGCGCACUGCAGGAAGGAUAAUACAGUCUGUGGACAUUCCUUAUUUAGGAAGGACCCAGUAUGUGGACUGAUGAGAGCUUCUUCCCCACUUUUGGUUCACCUUGAACAUUCCUGGUUGCAUGGCUGGGACGUGAUGGCCCAGGCACUUGGGCAUGUUAAAUCCCACUAGACCCAGGUAAAGGAUUUACUCUUUGGCAGUAAGUUCAGAAGAGAGACUGGGCCCUGAAGGUGGGUCUGUUGUUUCAUAGAUGGAUGUGGAAGCUCAUCUCCCUGGACUACUGAGGACCCACAGCUUGGAUGGCUGCGCGUGAUGCUAUGGACAGUCUGAAUGUGGGAGGGUA